GUAAGUUUUUUAGUAUCAUAUACCUAUAUUGUUUCCUAAAUGGAAUAAAAUUGAUUCCAGGCACUAAUCAACAAAUAAAUGAUGUCGGGACUCAGAAAACAUGUUCUGUUGCGAUACCUAAAUCGUGGAGCGUUUCCCAACUUUCAAAUAUGUCUAGACAAAAACUCCUAUUCUCGUAUGCUAGAAUGAUAACGAAAAACAAAGUAGAGGUGCCAAUAAUUCAGAAGUGUGUAACUCUCUAUUCUGAUAAAACACUACGUUAUCACGUUUAUGGACAUCUCGUUAAUUCAAAGGAAGUAAUGCUUGUUGAAGUCUUGGAUAAAACCGAAGCAUUGCCAAAUAUUUUGGAUACAUUUGAGAGAAUGAAUGUAUGCAGUGGCAUGGGCACUAUUAAUGUUCAUUAUUUGCAAGUUGAUAAUGUAUUUAAAGACUAUCUUCAGCAAUGGCACCACAACAACUGCUCUCUAAUCUCGAAAAGUAACAGAUGCGACAAUUGCUUGAAGUAACGGAAAGUACAAU